AUGGCCGUUGAAUUCGACGACGAUGACGAGGACGUGCCACAACAGGCACCCGCAGGGAAUAAGAAAGACCCGACACAGGCAAUAAAAGGUAUCAUUUGAUGUGGUUGGCAGAUGAAGUGAAUAGAAAAACUCGAAAUCGAGUAUAAUCUUCAAAUCCAUCAUGUAGUCGCGCUGUUUUCUCAGAACAAAGUAGCUGCAAGGUGAUGAAGGUAAUGUGAAUCAUGCUAGAGCACGAAAAAGAUUGAUGCUGUGGCUUCGAUUGUCAUCGCCUGCCUUAUCGCGCUCAACAUCAUUCAAACCCAUCAUCAUGAUGAGACUCCACCUCCACCAGCCUUGAUCGGCACUGCUCGUACCAAGCUCGACGCGACACGAGCCCAGCUGGACGCCAACAGCGAAAAAGUGCAACUCCUGAAGAGCGAAUUCAAAACUCUGAAGAGACAAAGCGCUCAUUUGACCAAGCAGCAGCAGGGGAGUCUACAGGAGUUGGAGAGUGGACUUGGAAAAUGAUGACUCAUUCUCUAUCUCUUGACCCAUUCUCUACCCCUUGACCCAUUCUCUACCUGUUCGUCUUUUUGUUUCUGAUUCUGUACUACGACUACCCGCUGAUGGAUAGUCAGAGCCCUAAUGGAGAUAGGCAUCAGCGUAAACAGCUGGGAUUGCUUGGUCGGUUCAACAGGUGAGACAGGUUGUCCACCCCGCUCCCGAUGAGGCGGUCAAGAGGGUCGAAUGCGUCAUGCUCUGACACAGUAGACCAGUUCCUCGACUGACGCAACAAGAGCGAGUAGAACAAAUCAAAAGCCGACUUGUUGAGUUACACGGCACUAAGGGAGUAUAAGCACCCUGAAAGCAAAUAAAAAUGGCAAAACAAGGCAGUAGAGCUUGCUCUUGCCAAGCAGACAAAAGAUUUCUGACUGACAUAUCACAGCAUAUCCAAUCGUGCAUUAAGAAUUUUCGGAAAACAACAUGUUGCGGCG